AUGGCGGCCGCAACAGAUAUAAUUCCGAUUGAAACCCUCACAUUGGACGAUGCGGACGCUUCGAGCGUGUCCUUCGAGCCGUUCCAUCUACCCUCGUCGAAUCAGCGCGUACUGGGAUCUCCACAUCCUCCACACACGGUGAUUCCCCUCGCGCUUCGACUGGUCAACAAACAUGAGAAACCAAGUCUCGAUGCCGUCGUGGAAACCAUCCAGGCGAUCCAGCGAGAUGGCACGCUGACCAAAAAGCUCGCGCGCCAUGGAACUUUACUAUUCCGAGGCCUGCCCAUCCACAACGCGGAGGACUUCAGCAAAUUCGCCCAUGCAUUCGGAUACAGGCCGCAUGAGAUCAUCGGCAUCGUAGUGGAUCGGCCUUUGCUUGCCCCGAACGUCGCACCGGCAAACGAGGCACCCAAGGAAGUUCUCAUCUACAACCACAACGAGUCUCCCCAAGUCCCGCAUGCGCCGGAGUACAUCUUCUUCUACGGCCACCGGGUCCCUGCUAAAGGGGGCGAGUCGCCUAUCUCAUCAUCCCUCGAGAUCUUUCAACGCGCGCAGCUCGAAAUCCCGGAGUUCGUCAACCAGCUCGCCGAAAAGGGGAUCUUGAGCCGCGUCACCUACAAACACGAGAAACAAUACCAAGGUGGGUCUACGCUGAAACAGGCGUUUGGCAAAGAUAUCGUCGAGAGCGACGACGAAGAAACACAGCGGCGGAAGAUCGAGGCCCAGAUUGCGCGGUAUGGACGGGGGAAGUAUACGACGUGGGAAUGGAUCGAGGACGGAUUGAUCCUGACACACCGGUUGCCGGGUAUCAGGACGCAGCCUGGGACGAACUUGCCUACGCUGUUCACCGGGCUCGCAGCGUACUGGAAAAAUACCCAGGUCAACGUCGGGGCACGGAAAAAUGUGACGCAGCAGCUGUUCGGGGAUGGGACGGUCAUCCCGGAGAAGUAUCUGGCACACCUGGCGAAGAUUACGGACGAGGUUCGGGUGCUCCAUCGAUGGCAGGAAGGGGAUGUCUUGGUGUACGAUAAUAUUAUUGCGCAGCAUGGUAGACAGCCCUGGGAAGGUGAGCAGACAGAUCGGGUGGUGCUAGCGAGCCUCUUUGACGGCGAGAGCGUCCCUGGUCCAUAUGGAUUUGGUGAUUGGGCUCAGGUAGUGCAAGCUUUAGGUUGA